AUGUUGGGGAUUCUGGCCUCUAGACUUCACGAAUUUGGUUCUAAUUUCUGCCCACAGCUGCAGGGUGGUGAGCCUGAAUCUCCCAUGGCUGCAUUUCCAACCCAUCGUUCGGGUUUCGCUCGAUGCGAGGGCUGUGAGGAUGCUGCAUUUCGCUCUUGA